AUGUCUGCUUCCACUCAGCAGCCAAAAUGGCGUCGCAUUUAUCUUCAAACCAUCACCCUCAUGCAAAAGAAUCUGCUGAUCUUCUACAAAGCACCAAUAGUAACAUUCAUUCGAGCGUUCUUGUUUCCUCUUGUAGUCACACUCAUCUUCAGCUUCUUGGUCCAUCUUAAUACUAGCUCGAGGUCGGACUCAAACUUGUAUGGCAUUUCUAAGGUUUCGCAUCCAGUUCGAAGCUUGGCCGAUGCAAUCCAUGCUACUCCUUUGCGCAAACUUGUCUUUAUCAAGAAUGGCCUCGCCAAUGAUACUCUAGACCCAAUCAUCGACGGCAUCCUCCGUGAGCCUGGGAUGGAGCAUAUCGAUUCUCUUGUCUUCAACGACCCGAAUACACUUUUCGAUGUCUGCAAGCAGAGUACCUUUGGCAGCAGUAACUGUUUUGCAGCGGUUAUUUUCACCGCCCUCAACGAGACAAACGUGGAUUACAGUAUCGUGGUGGAUAGCCACCUUGCUGAAGCAUUCGAAUAUGGCGAUUAUCGAAAGGAUGAUACACUCCUGCCGACUCGGAUCUUCCCUCUACAAUGGGCAGUGGAUGCCCAAAUCGGCAACUUCUCAACCCUCCCAAGGCCAUCAACACAACCAUUCAGUGGCUAUUUCGGAGCCGAAAAUAACGAAGCUCCCACAAAGCCCGCGACGAAUGGACCGUACUGGCUAUCCAUUGUCAGCAUCUUUGUCGCUCCCGUAUUUAUCUUGAUCCUCAUUGGAGUUGUAUAUCAUCUAAGCACCUUUGUUGCUACGGAAAGAGAAUCAUCAAUGUCAGAGCUGAUGGCUGCCCAAAAUGUUACCGUUAUGCCCAGACUACUGUCCACGAUGCUCUCUUUCUUCGCCGUAUACUUCCCGGGGUUCUUGGCAUGUUCGAUUGUCCUUACGCAGAUCCUGUUCAAAAAGACCUCCGACAUCCUUUUCCUCCUCAUUACUCUGCUUGCCGGAGCUUCCAUGAUCGCCUCAUCGCAUUUCCUCGCUUCGUUCUUCAGCAAAGCUCAACUCGCUGGAUUGUACACUUCAACACUCGUAUUUGCGCUUGCACUUAUCACCCUAGCAGCCACUCUCACUUCAGAUGUCGAGUUCCCACAAGUGCUGGCUUUGUCAUUGGUGUUUCCUCCGUGUGCCUGGUCAACCUUUAUUUCAGACAUCGCACUGCGCGAAUAUCAGCUCCGCUCGUUCUCCCUCAACCCAGGUGUGUACAGAAACGAUGAUAUAGGCAAGCUUCAGCGUCUCGACGGCUACUUAUAUGUCGUUUUCUUCAUUUUGCAGAUCAUUCUUUACUCUGCAGGUACCUAUGGAGUCGAGCGCAAAUUAUGGGGUGUCAAGAGAAAGUACGAUCUUAUCGAUGCCAGUGAAAAUGUCGCGCUCCGAGUCACUAGCCUUUCAAAGACUUACAACGGGAAAAGGCCAUGGUAUUGGCCAUUUAUGCGGAAGGGUGCUCCGUUACUGGCGGUUGACAGCUUGAACCUGGAGGUGAAAACCGGCUCUGUGACGUUCCUCCUAGGGCCUAAUGGUGGCGGUAAGUCCACAACGCUGAAAUGUAUUUCUGGAAUGACUAGUAUGGAUUUUGGGUCCAGAUUGGAGCUCAAUCAAUCAGGAUUGGUCUUUGGAAUCUGCCCUCAGUCUAAUGUUAUUUGGGAGAAUCUCACCGUUGAUGAGCAUAUCAAGAUCUGGAGAAAGCUCAAGAAUGCUGCACACAAUAAUCCAAACGAGGAUGACAGUGAUGUUCUUGCAGAGUGUGACCUCUUGCAGAAGGGACCUGCCAAAGCCAAAACACUCAGUGGGGGUCAAAUGAGGAAAUUGCAGCUGGCCAUUGCCUUCGUCGGCGGCUCGAAAGUCUGCUGUAUUGAUGAAGCAUCUAGUGGUCUUGAUCCUCUGUCGCGAAGAAAUAUCUGGAACAUCAUUCAAAACGGUCAUUCACGUCGCACCGUUCUCGUGACUACUCAUUUCUUAGAUGAGGCAGAUAUUCUUGCAGAUCAUAUCGCCAUUGUCUAUAAAGGCAAGCUUGUUUGCGAAGGUCCUGGGACAUCAUUAAAGGCAGAAUACGGCGAUGACUACAUCAUUCGCAGUGAUUCUGACAUCAACGGUGACUCCAUGGUUUGGCGCAGCUCGAAUUCGGCCGAAGCAACACGAAAGGUUCUGGAGCUCGAAUCUCUCACCGAGGAUGAUGCUACAUACAAUGUUACUUUCCCAACCCUUGAACAGGUGUUCUUAAAAGUUACCUCUGACACAGCGAUCCAUGACCAAGGAGGUGAUGGGAUUGUUGGGGAAGAAGACCCUAACAACGUAAUCGACGAGAAGAUAUUUGCUCUGGAGAAUGACAACGCUGAAGAUAUUGACCUUGAUGUAGGCCAGACGAUUGGUCUGACGCGAUAA